AACAUUAUGAUUAUAUUCGUUCAUAUCAUAGCUGCAAGCGCUGGUAGAUGAAUUUCUCCGAUACUAUCGAGACAUCAAUUCAGAGUCACCAAUAUGGCACAUGACAAGAAAUCGAUUUGUUGUCGAUGUGUCACAAUUACCAGAAGAAGUUCACGAAGAAUUUCUAGAAAUGAAGGCUGAUUCGUCCAUGAAAGAUGACCUCCAUCUUUUAACAUUGGAGAAAUUUUGGAUCAAAAGAUUGCCUGUUAAUUCGACAUUUUCCUCUCUUGCUUUACGAAUACUAGUUCCUUUUUCUUCAACUUACUCAUGUGAGACAGGCUUUUCUGCUCUAGUUUUAAUUAAAACUAAACAGCGAAAUCGUCUUGAGGUCGAUAGCGACCUGAUGAUAUCUCUGGCAAAAAUAGAACCUAGAAUCAACCAACUGGUACAUAACAUGCAAUCAAUGUCUCAUUAG